AUGAAGUACGCAUUAAUCACUGGAGCUUCGCUGGGAAUUGGAUACGAGGUUUGUGUUGCACUCUCUAAAAAGGGUUACAAGGUCUUGGGGUGUGCACCCAAACUGGUAGAAUGGGCUUUAAACGAGUUGACAAGAGACCAUGGUGUGUAUACAUUUACCUGUGAUAUCACCAGCAAGGCGGAUCUUGAUCGAGCUGCCGAGAUUGUCAAAGAGCAGACCGGUGGCAGACUCGAUAUUUUGUACAACAAUGCUGGAAUUUCUUAUGGUGGACCUGCCAUUGAAAUGGCAGAAAACGAAGUUGACAGGAUUUUUCAAGUAAAUGUGAUUGGCCAUAUCAAUAUGACCAAAACCAUGAGUGAUUUUGUUAUCGCAACCAAGGGUACUAUUGUGUUUACUGCCUCGGUUGCUGCCCGGGUAAUGCUUCCUUUUGGCUCAGUUUACUGUGCUACAAAAGCUGCAAUUGAUCAGUAUGCUUUGUGUCUCCACUCUGAAAUGGAGCCAUUCGGCGUUCGUGUGCACUCUGUGAUUACCGGUGGUGUGAAUACUGCUAUCUGUGAUUCCAAUACGAAAUCGUCAUUUGCCAAACUGAGGUAUGAUGUCGAAGGUGUGUACGAAUGUUGCGAUGCUGCGACCAAUAUGUCCCGGAACACCAGAACGUCCAUAUCUCCAGCCAAGUACGCAGAUCAAGUGGUCCGGAAGAUCACGGCGAGACGUGAUCCUGGGUUCAAUCUUUACCACGGUCAUGGCGCCUACUUGUUGCACUGCUUGAGCAGGUAUGUUCCAUUGUGGUUGACGGAAUUUUUAAUCCAAAGACACUUUAAACAGUUGAAGAUGUUCCGCAACAUCCGCAAGCAGGUACGCAAUCGUGAUAAGCUAAAGUGA